GGGGCCGGAAGUAGCGGCGGCGGCUCGGCCGAAUUCGGCGGCGCCACGUCUGGUUCGGGGCUUCCCUCCCUCCCCGGGGCGGUGGCGGGAGCGGCGCGGACAGAUAUUCCCUAGUCUCUCAGCGGCCGGUUCGUAGCGAGGCCUCGGCGGUGACCGAGCGCGGCAACAGCGACAUGUCGGACCUUGGGGACUGGUUCCGGAGCAUCCCGCUGAUCACCCGCUACUGGUUCGCCGGCUCCAUCGCGGUGCCGCUCAUCGGCAAGCUGGGCCUCGUGAGCCCCGUCUACCUCUUCCUCUGGCCCGACGCCUUCAUCAACCGCUUCCAGAUAUGGCGGCCGAUAACUGCAACUUUCUUCUUCCCAGUGGGACCUGGAACAGGAUUUCUCUACUUGGUGAAUUUGUAUUUCUUGUAUCAGUAUUCAUCACGAUUAGAAACAGGGGCUUUUGAUGGAAGGCCAGCAGAUUACAUGUUUAUGCUCCUGUUUAACUGGAUCUGCAUUGUUAUAACUGGCUUGGCAAUGGAUAUGCAGUUGCUGAUGAUUCCACUGAUCAUGUCAGUACUUUAUGUGUGGGCCCAGCUGAACAGAGACAUGAUUGUAUCAUUUUGGUUUGGAACAAGGUUUAAGGCUUGUUACCUUCCAUGGGUUAUUCUGGGAUUCAACUACAUCAUUGGUGGAUCAGUCAUCAAUGAGCUAAUAGGAAAUCUGGUUGGACACCUGUAUUUCUUCUUAAUGUUUAAAUAUCCAAUGGAUUUGGGAGGAAGGAAUUUUCUGUCCACACCUCAGUUCCUGUACCGCUGGCUGCCAAACCGGAGAGGAGGAGUGUCAGGAUUUGGUAUCCCACCUGCAAGCAUGAGAAGAGCUGCAGAAGAUCAGCAGGGUGGUGGAAGACACAACUGGGGUCAAGGUUUCCGGCUAGGUGACCAGUGAAGAGCUCCUGCCCUUGGAAAACAGCAACUUUGAUUUUAAUUGGACAUAGGACCGACCCUUCCUGGUGCAGAGCAUGCUUAAGAACUGAACUCUCUGUUGGAUUUAACUGAUUAGAAAGAAAGUUUCUGGUUCAAGAGAAAAUUAAGAACUCCAGAAGGGAAAAAUGUAGAUCUUGCUCCAGGUUAGCCAGUAGUGUCCAAUUUGAUUCUGCCACUGAAAAAAAGCCUUCUUUAUACAGUAUUGUCUGUCUGUCACAACAGGCAUCCAUUAUGCCCCCUUGUUCCCUGAUGUGAUGGAACAAGCUAAUGGUGUUCUGUCUCGCCUGGUAUGUUAAAAGCUUCAUUAACCCUGGUAAGGUAAGAAUCCAGUGUGAGGCAGAUGGAUCAAACUAAUCCCAGAGUCUAGGAAGACAACUUUUUCCAUAGCUGUGCUUAAGUCCCAGGGUCUUUGGAAGCAUUAAGUGAUCUCUCUCUGCUGCAUUGAUCAAAGUGCAAAUGUUUAAUUUCCGUUGUUGCGCUGUGUUCUGAGGGGAGUUUUUUUCUUGCCAUGCAGCAUUUGUCCUACCUGCUACAGCGUGGGUUGGGCAAGACUUAUGGGUAAGAGGGCUUUGGUUUGAAAUGGCAAUAACAGAUGUUCACAGGAUUGCAAUCUCUGUAAAUGGCAUGUUACGAGGCUUGCUCUGUUUCAACUGAAAUAAUACGGCUUUCCUUUUUCCCCCUGAGGUGUGUGAAUUCUCUUGGCUUCAAGGUUUAUCUUUUGAUUGCAAAACUGAAUAGCACAAAUACUGCUUAAGCUAGAGAACGUAACAUAUCAUCCUGGUUAAUGUAAAGGGUGCUGACUGCAGCCUUGUUUGUUAACUGAAUCUUCAGCUUUCUCUUAAAAGCUUUAAGACAUCAAAGAAUCAAAGCUGGGAAGAAACGUUUCCAGGGUCAAGAGACAGUAGAACAGAUUGCUUUGCUACAGAACUUCAUUGUCAAAUGAGGCAUCGUGUUCACUGUUUAUUAGGAUCUGUACUUUUUUGGUAAAACUCUUUUUUUUUGACAUGGAAAAGGGAAUGAUUCUGUACAGUAGUUUUCUUCAUGGGUUCCUGUGAGCAGAGCACAGGGCAAAGAUCCAGGAAGCUGUUACUAGCUUGUUGCUGACUCACCACAUGGACUUGAGCAAACUUCUUCAUUGAUCUCAGUUUUUCCAGCUGUAAGGAGGACUCAUGCAUGUGUCUUCGUCCUUAAAAGGUAGCUGUCCUCGACUCCCCUAGGUGGGAGCCACUAAGUGAGCAAGGUAGGACUUAGGUUUCACAUUAAUGACAACACUUAAGCUAGGAAUGCGUUACUCUAAGCUUAACUAAGACUUUUACAUUGGAAUAUCACAGAAUCGUAGAAUGCUUUGCUUUGGAAGGGACCUCUCAAGGUCAUCUGGUCCAAUGCCCCUGCAAUGGGCACAGAUAUCUUCAAACAGAUCA